UGAUAAUUUGAUCGAAUUAAUUCGUUUCGAGCAUUUUUCAUGUGGCCUCGUUACCACUGAACGUUUUGUAGUAAAAUGUCAAACGUAAAGGUGGAAUCAGGAGGUGAGAGGCAAGGAGUGGACUUGGAUAGGAUCCUGGUGGAGGAGGUCGGUCAGUUCGGAAGAUAUCAAAUCGUGACCCUCCUUCUAGCAGCACUUCCUGUUAUCUUCUCAGCGUUCGCUUCUGGGGAAUAUAUUUUUACGACUUCGAGAAUUCCAACAAGAUGCUUGAUCCCACAAUGCGAUGGUCCAAACCCUGUGUACGCUCCCGACUGGGUCCUGAACGCCAUCCCGGGCACAAGCACAUCCAAUUUCGACAACUGCGCACGCUUCGCCAACAGUAGUCAACCUGCAGACGUGAAUGGCGUCUGUCCUGCUGCCUGGUUCGACAACACGCGCACUGAAGAGUGUCAGGCAUAUGUGUAUCAAAAUACUGACAGUGUAGUUUAUGAUUUCGACCUCGCGUGCGACGAAUGGAAACGUUCUCAAAUUGGUUCCAUCCGUACCAUCGGUACAUUGCUGGUGCUACCGAUCACGGGCUACAUCUCCGACCGAUGGGGUCGCCGCGUCGCGCUCACCAUUAACGCCUUCAACACUGGCUGGAUCGGACUCGUCCGCUCCUUCGUUAACUCUUACGAGUGGUUCCUGGCCCUUGAAGUCAUAGAGUCCACUGUUGGUGCGGGCGCUUACUCUUCUUGUUAUAUUUUAGUAACGGAGCUCGUAGGACCUAAAUACAGAGUGGUAGCUGGUGCUACAAUGUCGACGAUGUUUGCACUUGGACAAGUGAUACUCGGGUUCAUAGCUUGGGGAGUACAUCCAUGGAGAACUCUCACGCAGGUGCUGUAUGCACCGCAACUUCUCGUCGUGUCCUACUUCUGGAUCCUCUCUGAAUCCGUCCGUUGGCUCAUGUCGAAAGGAAGAUAUGAAGAAUCCGAGGCGAUCCUCAAAAAAGUAGCCAAAAGAAACAAUAAAGAAAUUUCAGAGAAAUCAUUGGAAAGUCUAAGAGCUACAGCCGAAGCGGAGAAAUUGAUCGAAAAGCCUAAGGAGCCUUGGUUACCGACAUUAGUUUUUAAAUCGCGUGUCAUAUUAUCAAGAUGUAUCGUGUCUCCAGUGUGGUGGGUGACCAAUACUUUCGUGUACUACGGCAUGUCUAUAAAUGCGGUCAACUUAUCCGGCAACCGGUACCUCAAUUAUGUAGCGGUGACUGCGGUGGAGAUUCCCGGCUAUUGGGCGGCUAUUCUCCUGCUUGACCGGAUAGGAAGGAAGCCGGUGCUCAUUACAGGAUAUUGGUUGUGCGCUGCUUGCCAGUUCGGAUUUGCCUUCAUACCGAGUGAUAACGAGGGGCUAUCGAUGGCGCUUUACCUGAUCGGAAAGUUCAGUAUCGCGAUGGUGAUGACGUCAAUUUACGUGUAUACGAUGGAAAUCUAUCCCACCAAGUACCGACACAGCCUGCUCGCCUUCUCCUCCAUGGUUGGUCGCCUCGGAUCCAUCACGGCGCCACUUACCCCAGCUCUCGCAUUGGAGGUUUGGGAGAGCUUACCUUCUGUGCUGUUCGGUUCGUUCGCACUGGUCUCCGGGUGUCUGAUCUUCACGACGCCGGAGACGCUCGGCACCAAGCUCCCCGAUACCAUGGAGGAAGCGGAGCAGCUCAGCAAGAAGAAAACCAAAACAGAUCUUUAGAUGAUAUAAAUAA